AUGAAGAUUGAGGGCAAAACGGUACCAAUGGAACUAGACACGGGUGCAGCCCUCAGCACUAUGUCCUACAAAGACUUUAAGAAGUUGUCAAUUCCACAAAAGGUAUUUUCAACCAACGUUGCACUUCGUACAUACACUGGGGAAACUAUUAAGCCAAGAGGUGUAACGUUUGUGAAUUGCAUGUACAAAACGCAAAGAUUUGUCGGAAAACUAUUUUUGAUUGAACAAAAUGUCGAUGCAAUAUUUGGUAGAGAUUGGCUUAGGGAAGUCAAAUUAGAUUGGGGUGAAAUAAAAAGUCUAGAAAUGAAUCAGACAUCAAGUCUAGGAAACAUGUUGAGUGACUUUAGUGAUGUAUUCGAUGGAAAAAUUGGAGUCAUACCUGAUCAUUUAGGACAAUUAAGGGUCAUGGAUGACGCAAAACCGAUAUUUGUGAAGCCAAGACAAGUGCCAUAUUCUCUAAGGAGUGAAAUUGAAAAGGAACUCAAGAGACUAGAAGAAUGUGGAAUAAUAACCAAAGUAGAUCACUCAGACUGGGGUACCCCUAUCGUGCCUGUUGUCAAGCCAAAUGGUCAAGUGCGCAUUUGUGCUGAUUACAAAGUCACAGUGAACAAAUUGAUCAAGGAUGAAAACUAUCCUAUUCCUAGAAUUGAGGACAUUUACACCCAAAUGAAUGGAGGCAAAAUAUUCUGCACAUUGGACAUUUCUAAUGCCUACCUUCAUAUGAGGAUGGAUGAAGAAAGUGCUCAUAUGCAAACACUUAGCACGCCUAAAGGGAUGUACAAAGUAAAUCGCUUAAUGUUUGGAGUCAAAGUAGCACCUUCCCUUUGGCAGCAGUUUAUGGACAAAACCUUACAGGGGAUUCCUGGUGUACAGUGCUUUUUCGAUGACAUCAUUAUUCAAGGUAAGACAGAAGAAGAGUUACUAACCAGACUACGGACUGUACUAGAGCGAAUGAGAUCCAAAAACUUAAGACUAAACAGAGACAAGUGCAAAUUCUUUCAAACAAGUAUCCAAUAUUUGGGACACACCAUUGAUGCUCAGGGACUACACAAAACAAAGGAAAAAAUUUCUGCCAUCAUGAACAGCAAACAGCCAGAAAAUGUAAAUGAAUUGAGAAAGUUCCUGGGAUUGGCUAACUACUAUAAUAAGUUCAUUAAAAGUUUGGCCACAAUCCUUUACCCACUUAAUGAACUGCUACGGAAUGGGAAAAACCAGCUGGACUCGUUUCUAGUAGACAGUCAAAUCAUAUCUAGAAAAACUGCUGAAGACAAGUUCCUACAAUCAGUGCUACGUGCCCUUCAGACAGGGGAGUCUGUUGAACAUCUGGGUUUUCAUGACAAUGAAUUGACGCUGCAAGAUGGAUGUAUAUUUAAGGGUAAUAGGGUAAUAAUACCAGAAGUUCUUCACCAUGCUGUGCUUCAAGAACUACACGUUGGACAUCUAGAAUGGUGUAUCAGGAAACUUCGGAAAACUUUUGCUACAUUCGGUCUACCUUUAGUUCUAGUAUCAGACAAUGGGAGUCAGUUUACUUCUAGCACAUUCCGUCAGUUCUUGUCUGCUAAUGGUUAUGGUGUGGUGCACAAAACUACUGCGCCGUACCAUCCUUCCUCGAACGGGCAAGCCGAACGAUAUGUUCAAACAAUAAAGAAAUCAUUAAAGGCAAUGGAAGAAGAAGGAGACAAUUCCAAGUGGGGGACAGUGUACAGGCUAGAGACUAAUCAAGUCCUAAACGGAAAUGGAGCUUUGGAACUACCAUUGGAAGAGAAGGUACCCUCUUAUACCAAGUCAAAAUGGAAGACGGAACUGUGUGGAGGAGGCAUAUCGAUCAGCUUCUAA